GAAUGAGUGAAAUGGAAGUGCAAAUUUCAGUGAAUACAAGAGAGAGAAAGGGAAAAAAAGGCGGGAACUUGAAAGUAUAAGAAACAAAACUGUGUCUUUCUGUUUUGUCUGGAAAACCAUUGCAGAGAUUGAAACGAAGAUGAAGGAGAAUAAAGAGAAGGUGGAAGAGAGGUACACGCAGUGGAAGUCUCUUGUUCCCGUUCUCUACGAUUGGCUGGCCAACCACAACCUCGUAUGGCCUUCUCUUUCUUGCAGAUGGGGUCCUCAACUGGAACAAGCAACCUACAAGAACCGUCACCGUCUCUAUCUCUCUGAGCAGACAGACGGAAGUGUUCCCAACACUCUCGUUAUAGCCAACUGCGAGGUUGUUAAGCCCAGGGUUGCUGCUGCUGAGCACAUCUCUCAGUUUAACGAGGAAUCACGGUCUCCUUUUGUCAAGAAGUUCAAAACUAUACUACAUCCUGGCGAGGUAAAUAGAAUCAGGGAAUUUCCACAAAAAAGUCAGAUAGUAGCUACUCAUACAGAUAGUCCUGAGGUAUUUAUAUGGGAUGUUGAAGCUCAGCCUAAUCGUAAUGCUGUUCUGGGGGCUGCCACUUCUCGUCCUGACCUGGUAUUAACUGGCCAUAAGGAUAAUGCUGAAUUUGCUUUGGCUAUGUGCCCAUCUGAACCCUUUGUACUUUCUGGAGGGAAGGACAAAUGUGUGGUUUUAUGGAGUGUUCAUGAUCAUAUUUCAACUUUAGCUGUUGAAGAAGCACCCACUGUUAAACAGAGCUCUAAAAGUGGGGGAAAUAGUGCAAAAGCCACAGAAAGCCCUACUAUUGGACCAAGGGGCAUCUACCAGGGUCAUACGGACACUGUUGAAGAUGUGCAAUUUUGCCCAUCAAGUGCACAGGAGUUCUGUAGUGUAGGUGAUGAUUCUCGUCUUAUACUCUGGGAUGCACGAGUUGGAUCUGCUCCAGUUGUCAAGGUUGACAAAGCGCAUAAGGGAGAUCUUCAUUGUGUUGAUUGGAGUCCUCAUGACUCAAAUUUUAUACUAACUGGUUCUGCAGAUAAUACAGUCCAUAUGUUUGAUCGUCGAAAUCUUAAAAGUAGUGGGGUUGGAUCGCCUGUUUAUAAAUUUGAAGGUCAUGAUGCAGCAGUCCUCUGUGUACUGUGGAAUCCUGACAAGUCAUCUGUAUUUGGUAGUGCUGCUGAAGAUGGUAUUUUAAACAUCUGGGACUAUGAAAAGGUUGGUAAAACAGCAGAUUCUGCUGGUUCAAAAUCACCAAAUACCCCCUCUGGUUUAUUCUUUCGACAUGCUGGACAUAGGGACAAGGUUGUCGACUUCCACUGGAGUGCAUGUGAUCCGUGGACAAUUGUUAGUGUCUCUGAUGAUUGUGAAAGUAGCGGUGGCGGUGGCACCUUACAGAUAUGGCGAAUGAUUGAUCUCAUAUAUCGACCAGAGGAGGAGGUGCUCACUGAGCUGGAUAGGUUCAGAUCUCAUAUUUUUGGGUGCAACUCGUGACAUUUCGUAAAACACGAUCUGCAUCUUUUGCUUGGAAUAGAAAGUAUAUGAUUUUUAGUAUGAAAUUUAGUUUCAGUUCCUGCAUUUGAUGUUCUUGAAUCAAGAUUGGUCAUUUAGUUCAGUAAUUAAUAUUUGAUCUUUAA